CCUCAGUAUUCAUCUAGUAUCCACGCGGUGAGCAACCCUAUCCGGUGUUUCGCCGUAGAAACUCAGCGUGCUCUCGCGGCUCCAUUGAUGAUCUUCGGUGAAGGUUUCUUUUUCGUUCCGAUAUAUACAGUUUAGUGUACGUCCUUGUGCAAAAUUAAAUUAUAUCGAUUAAAAUCGUCUUAAGGAGAAUUGAUCGAAGGUGUUGCAUGAAAGCCGGCAUAAGGCGAUUAACAGAUUGAUACUCGCGCAUCCAUCGCGAGCUAGACGAGGAAACGGAAGCCGAGGAUACCAAAGGAUACGAAAGUCGAAGUGGAAGGAAAUAUACCUGGUGGGUGAGAACGCGCUUGCGUGAGGAUCCGCGUGUAUAUGUGUGUAAUGGUGGAGAAAGUUGUACGCGCACGAUGCAGCUGAUGACCUUGAACUCCCUGUUAAUGUUCGACAUCGUGUUCCUGUUCUUCCUGUUCCUCGUCGGAGUCUCCUGUCUCGUGUAUUAUCUGCCUGCCACUCGAGCGCAUGAUUUCGCACCGCACGAAAUCAUCACCGCUAGAACGUCGCCGCGUUACGACUCGCCAAUCGACAAUGUUUAAGGAUGCAAACGGACUUGAACGGAGGACCUGGUCUCGCUGUAGUAGCGGGAGAUGUACUUGCUCUGCGAGGAACAGGACUUGCUGCUGCCGAAACAUGGGCUCUCCUAUGCCAGGCAGCCCAGGCCCUCCAAGAUCUUUUUCUCUCAAACGGUGGCGUGGUGGGUGGUUCGAGAGCUGGACCGGUGGUGACUCCCCAUACAUUGGAGUUGACACCACGUGGUAGAGUUUUGCUGCAACUUGCACCGCCCGAAACUGCUCGAGCGUAUUUGCCGCCGGAAUAUCGACCGGGUCGUGUAUAUUCGGACACCGAUUCAGAAAAGAUGUGGAUGUACUCGCUAGGAAGGGCAUUAUUGGACACGACCCCGAGAGUCGCUGCACUGACAGGAACGGUUUCCGUUUCACCCUCGUCGGCACUUCAGUCCGUUUUAGCCGCCAUGACGGAACCCGAUCCACGAAGACGAGCUUCCUUGAUGAAUCUGCUAGACGUGAUCUCCGAAUACUGCCGCACUCGUUUACAGUCGAAGCCUUUCACCCAUAUCGUAAUGGAUAUGUAUCGUGAGGUGGUCAAGUCGCCUCAAUACACAGCUCGUAAACGCAUCACAUAUCAACAUCUAAACCCUGUUCCUCCCCUUCGAAACCCUUCAGACCUUACGGAGCAUAAUCGUCGUCAGACCAGUUACUCUCACCAACAUCACCAUCAUCAACAACCAUCUCAGCAAUCCGAUCCUCUUCAACCCAUGCACAGUCAAGCCAAAAAUCUUCAUCAACAACAAGAUCGUCAAUAUCGUUCUACCAAUCAGUAUAAUCCUCCUCGUCCAAGUCAACAACGUUCUCCAACUCGAUAUCAACCUCAUCAACAUCUUCAAAUUCAAGAAGUACCUCAACAGGUUCAUAUACCAAAAGUUCACCACUAUCAUCAUCAUCAUCCUGCAAAGGGCGCCCUUUUCAAGCUUCAAUCGCGAAAUUCACAUUCGCAUCCGAAUUUAACGAGCCUGUGUGGCCAGCAAUUACAACCGAACCGACGCCAGGAAGCGGAAGAUCAGAGAACACAAUUUCAGUCGCAGUUGAACGUCCAAACGAGUGGACGUAGCGUUGGUCCAGCGAUUCAGCAUCAACGCCGCCAUCAUCACUCGAGAACGUAUUCACAGCCAAUUUAUACGAGGCUACAGCAUACCAGGAGCAGUGGCAACUUAGCGUCUACCAUCGUCAGUGAAAGCAACCCCGGAGGAAACGUUUAUAGCGACCCUAUUUACGCGUUGCCCGUUAAACCUUUCCUGAGCUCGCAAGACGUCAGAGUAAACGGACUGUCCGUGAAGCCACCUGUCGGACAUCGUAACGAGGAUGUGUACACAGCUACAACGAUAGCAAGGCGACCAUCUGCGGCCGGAUAUUCUCAACCAGACAUACCGACGUCGUCGACAGAACGGGGACUAGAGGAGGUUUAUGGAAGAUCUACAGGACGUGUGAAUCCAACGUUGCAAAGGCAACACUCAAAUCCUCAGCUUCCUAGCAGGGAUCAGCAAGACAGUGAUUUCGAGAGAAUGCCAGAGCAGAGCGUGAAAACGAGUGAUCACAGAUGUCUGGCCGGCAGGGGAAAGGAGGAACAGACAGUGCAACAACAAAAUCCAGUGUCUUCCAUGAGAGUCAGAAGUGUUCAGGGGCCACCGAAGCCUCCUCGAAUAAUCACCACAUUGAAGAAGGCGCCAUUCUCCGACGUAGAGAGCAGCAAAUCGGAACCACCAGCGAAACCGCCUAGGAAUCUGGUAAAGAAUGGACCGAGAGCUCGACGCGGUAAAGCUGUACAAAGAGCACCAUCCCGCCUAUACAGAACAGUAGGUGGUCCAACUAGAUCCUUCAACAAAGCGCAAUGCAUUGGUCCUGAAUUCGUAGUGCGUGCCAAUCAGCCACCAAAGACGCUAUGUGUUGGCCAAGUAAAGGCUAGCAAUUCCGGACGUAUUGUCGUGAUAAUGCUGACUGGACAACGAGUGGAAGUUACUUGCGAUCCUCAGAAAGUUACGGCUGGAGAUCUAUUCCAGGCUAUCAUGCAAGCCGAAAGCCUCGAUGAAAACUUCACCCUUGGUCUGGCGGUGCUAUUAGCGGGUGAUUUUGCGAUUUUACCUCCCGAUACUAAAUUGAACAAAGUCGCACCACCUGGAUGGUUAAGCAGCGGCAAAAGCAAAGGUCUUCUGGGUCUUCCGACUAGUUUUAUGCUGUACCUGAGGCUCAGGUUCUUUCUACCCACAUUGCGUGGUAUAAGGAGUUGGAUAUCGAAGCAUCUAUUAUAUUUGCAAAUACGACGAUGUAUAUUGGAGCAACAGCUGGUGUGCCCGUAUCCCGAGUUAAUUAAUCUCACUGGACUGGCUCUUCAGGCUGAAUUUGGGAAUUAUAACGCGAACGAACACGGUUGCGGUGAUUACUUCCUGCUGGAACACUAUGUUCCGGAGUCACUGAUCCUGAAUAUAGAUCAGCAUCAAUCUCAAAUCAUCAACGAAGGGGCGGAAGCUCUCCGUGCCCGUCUUCACCAGGCACAUCGCGACAGACGUGGUUUGGACUCGAACAAAGCUGAGGAGAUGUUCAUAACUCACGCACAAACCCUUCCAGAUUAUGGUUCUCACUAUUACAUUGCUACCGUGGACUCUAAGGAGCUGGAGAAGGUAAUGGCACAGCAAAGGAAGAGAAAGUCAACCGAUAAUCACGACACGUCCGAGGAAUUGCUCGAUUCCAGUGAGAAUAUUUAUAGUCAAGAUGGCAGACAGGAAUAUCUUCGUGGUCGAAUUGAAAUUUCUCGAUUGGGAUCUUGCGAAAAUAUUCCAAAGAUCCCAUAUGACGAACGAAAACCUGCUGGACUGACCAAGAGUGCCACCUCGACCGAUAUUUAUGGAGCUUACAAGUCCAAGUAUCGCGUAGAAACUUGCAAUAACAACAACAUCAAUAACGUGAAUAAUAAUAAUAAUAAUAAUAAUAAUAAUAAGCUGAAUCACGAUGGAAAGAGCGGCAAAGGUGGAAAGAAGAAGACUGAGAGCAACGUUUGGUUAGCCAUCCAUGCUCAGGGAUUGAAGUUGUUCGAAAGAGGAGAGCCAAGAGAAAGGAUGAAGCUGGCGCAGUUUCAGUGGAAGGAUAUUCAGACAUUGAGCUACAGUAAAAGCUGUCUGGUGGUCUAUAGCAAGGUGAAUGGGAAACGAUGCAAGUUCAAACUCAGAAUGGAUCAUCGAAAAAGUUACUUCGCUUUCAAGCUCACCUCUUUACACCAUCAGUUCUUCUUAAGGCUGCGCUCGGAAUUUACGUCGCUACAGGGACUCGCGAAAGAAUUCGGUGUUCCUACGACGAUCGAAGCAAAGGCUUCGCCAUCAAAGUCAAAGUCUCACGAUAGUAAAACGAAAAUAGCCAUAGCGAACACCGUGAAGAACGCGCAGCUGAGGUCGAAUUAUUCGAUGCAACUGGAGGAAUACCAGAACAAAGAGAAUGAGAAUCCACAGAAAGAUAUUAUCGCAGUGCCAAAGACGAAAGAUACUCUUCGCGAACCCGGUUUCUACUCGUCUGAAGAAGAUGCGCUUUACGCGCAAGUGAACGUGCGGUUGGAACCAGAAGGAGAGUCCCGUGAUACGGAAGAUGAGUCAGAAAGAAGCUUGACGAGUCCCAACGAGCCGCUCUCGCUAGACGCAAAGGAAAUGAAAAACGACGGGAUGAUCUACAAUCGUCCGCGAAUAGAACUGGAAACUGAAACUGAAUGUGGCUAUUCGCUUCCUAAGAUCAUGUCAUCGAACGACGUAGAUCAAUUAGAGAAACCGGAUAAUCCUGAAGUAUUGUAUGCUGCGAUCAACAAAGUUGGAGUCUCAAGGAAGAACGAGUUUCCUGUUCCGGAUGAGGUAUGGGACGUGUCGGAUGUGAAGAAAUCGUUACACAAGAUGAAGACUUCAAGUUUACCGAAUUACGGAACAUCCAGACAAUCGGGAGGUUAUCGGACGCCGAGUUUGCCACGUCGUCUAGGGGUAAAAAUGGGAACACGAGCGAUCUACAGCAGCCUCGUGCAGAAAGACAUCGCCCUUACCGACGACAUGGAGUCGCUAUCAUUAAAAUCAGACACGGAGUCUUCGAUUCAGUCAUUGUCCGCACGAUCAACGGAAUCUCCUCUACCGGAAGCAUACGUGCUCAACGCUGACAUCCGUACAGAUGACGAGACGUUCCGUGUGCCGGAGGACGAGUCGAUGUCCGCUUCCUUAGCAGCGCGUCUUGAAGAGUUGUCGUUUGCCGAGGAACGAAUCCUGCAGACGAUUAAGUUGGAAAGGGGCCACGGUGGCAGCAUAGGGUUACAAGUGACAGAGGGUAACGACGGUGGCGUCUAUGUCCAAGCGGUGUCGGUAGGAGGAUCGGCCGAUAUGGCCGGAAACGUGAACAAAGGCGAUCGCAUCGUAGCGAUAAACGGGCAGAAUUUAUUGCAUUUGCGGUAUGAAGACGCUCUGAAGAUGCUGCAGAGCUCGUCCGAUACGAUUGAGCUGGUCCUCUCUCAAGCUACUUCCCGUAAAAACGCGACCUCCAGGAAGAAUGACGAACAACCUGUGGAAAAUAACUAUUUGAAUGACAUCAGAUUCGACGUGUCCUCGGAAGCAGAUACAUCCAGCAUGACAAACAAAUGGCUCGUUCAAAGGACCACCGACGUUGCAUCUGUGCAAAACACCUCGAGCGCGUACAGCAGUGCCGCAUCGAGCGCAAUGGGUAAUCACAAUGCAAACAGCCUAUACAUGGCCGAUCUUAUCGAUAAUGGUGCACUUAAGUCCGCAAGUAUGCUGCUCAGUAUAGAGGAUUUCGACGUCAGCAGGACGAGUCGCCAAGUUUUUAUUUAAUCGUCGAUAAAGCAAGUAUAGAAUCUAUCAGCAGUACACCGCCAGUCCCACCGAGACGGAAGAAGCGCAAAGCGAAGCUCGCGGCGAUUGCAAAAUCUCCGAAAGGAACGUCACCGACUCGUCUCAGAAAACCAGACAAAAAGCGUUUGGCGCCACCACCUCCGCCGCGAGCAAUCCGAAAGAUCAAAUCUCUUGUCGCCAAAGAUCAGGGAGAAGAAAGGACGUCGAACUCGCAGACAGUAGGCGAUGCGGAAGAAACGCUAAAUAGUCUAAGUUCGAACGAGACGGGGGAAACUUCUCAGACGUCGUAUUUACAGCUCGAGGGUGCUGACUCGGUACGGAUCGAGAAAGCGAGUAAAGAUGAAAACGAGAAAGAUGACAGUUUGCAAAAUAUCGAUCCCCUGACAGAUGAGCAGAAGAUCAGCUAGAAUCGUGGCUCUUUCGUGAAAUUGACCGAGGUCACGCGCGAUAUGACUUGCACGGACAUGAAUAAGACUUUUGGUCAUGUACAAGAUUUCCAGCAGGAUCAUGACGAGUUCGGUGACGUAUCUUUUAGUUCCAUUUUGAAAACAGGGGACAGUUUUGACCGGUGGUAUUCCCUGGACGAUGCCACGAAUUUUAUCAGGGCGAUCGAUAAGGGAUCUUUUGGUCAGGACGAUCGUUGUAAUUCCAAUGAUUCGACCGGUGCUUCGAUCGGGCACGAUUCACAAGACGAGUCCCUUUGUUCCGCGGAAAAACUAAAAGUCGCGGACUUCAGCAAAACGGAGUCGAGUUUAAUCAAGUUGAAAGGGGAAUGCUGUUCUGUGUUGGCUGAGGUUAGAGACAAUUAUUCGGAAAGUCCGCACGAGGACAACGGUUUUACGCGGGCUUCAAAUAACUGCACUGCUUCAAGUAACUGCACUGCUUCAAAUAACUGCACUGCUUCAAAUAACGUGAAAGACAAUAAAAAAUAUCACGAUGAAUAGGAUUUGAGGAGUGGAGCUUCUGAAAAUGAAAACAACAAUGUAAAACGCGAAGAAAUCAUUUCUAUCGGUACUAAUGCGACUGCGAAUAACUUUGAUUGGAAAUUGGAAUUAAUAAGAAAUGAGGUAAACGUCAAUUUUGUUCAGGAAGUUUCGAUAAUUGGUAGAGACAAAUAUCUAAGGACUGAAAUUAGUGAAGAACAAUCGACAAUAAACGAGACAAAAGUCUUUGAUCAACAAAUAAUAAAAAACAAAGUAGAGAAUAACGUUUUGAAAAAACAUUUAUUAUCAAAUAGAACAGAGACUGAUAUUAGCGAGGAAGUGCCGUCAGCUGAAGAGGAUAUGGAAGUUGACAAACAGCAAUUACAAACGCAUUCAGUCGCUAAAUCCACGGGGGAGUACAGAAGAAAGAUUUUCGUAAACGAAUCGCUUCGGAAUCUAGUAAAUCGUUUUGAUUUCCCGUCGAAUGACUUUACGAACGGCUGUGAAGAUUCUGAUGUGCAAGACGACAAUUUGGACAUUGGCGAUAUUUCUGUAGGUGAGAGCGAGAGAGAUUUCAAGGGUUUAAUUACUAAAGGUGACACGAGACAGGAGACCAAGGAUAUUCCAGUUAGUUAAAGUAAUCAAAAAUCACAAGAUAGUUUUAUAGGUAACGAAUCACUGGAAAAAAGGAAAAGUAUCACUAAUCCGGUUAAUAUUCAACGAAUCUCUUUUCUAAUAAAUAUGUUGUCCGAGGAUACAGAUCAGAUAUGGGCGAGCUGUGAAAUCAUUGCUGAUCACCCAAAAUCACUAGCGAAGAGCGAAGUAUCGAUUUCGAAGGAUGAAGAAGGAAAGAAACUGGCGAACCGGUUAAUCGAGUCGAUAAAAAUGGAUUGAGAGAUCCAGAAAAUUUUACGGGAGUCUGAAGCGCCGUUGGAAAGGGUAGAAACCACUUUCCCAAAGCCGACACCUGCCAAGAAGAUUGCCGAAACGAGCAAGAAAACCACCGGUGAGGCGAAGUGCGAUAUAUUGAACGAGUUGCUCUCCAAUUUUAGUAACAUAAAAUUGAAACCGGUGAACGACGAGAGGAGAAGUGCCGCUGAAAGUCAUCCGCGAGUAAAAACUUCUUCUCGGAAAGAGAACGAUAAGGAGAGAAUCGAAUCUAUAUCAGAUAGCCGUACACAGAGUUUGAAAGAUUGUAACGGUGAUUCUUCUGUUGAGACCACGAAAGCGAGCGACGAGUCGAUAAAUCUCAAAGCAGGAACUUCUUCGGUUAAGCAGUGGCAGUAUGCUGCCUCUUUGACGAUGAGGAAUGUUCAAAAUGACCGGAACAAGAGUAAUGAAUCACAAAAAGUGUCUGAAGAGUCCUAAAAUUGUACUGCGAAUAGCACGGCAUCCGUGAAACCGCCAGACAGCAGCGAGAUUUUAUCAGAUCGUCAAGAAGAAUCUCGAGAAAUAUACGUAAACAUAGUCGGAAGAACGAUUAAGAAGUAACAGUAUGCUGCUGCUCUGACGACGUGCAAUUAUAUUCCAGAUGACCAGAAUAAAGAUAACGAAUCACAAAAGAGAUGUGAAAAUUUUCAAGAUGACAUCAACUUUGUGACCAGUACUGUGGAUAGAAUAGAACAGAAUAGACAGAGUCGAAAGAACCACGUACCAGGAUUACUCGGAAUUAUCAAGGAACACGAACGAAGUUCUUUUCGAACCGACCAAAAGCGAUGAUGUCAGAAGAGUGUCUGACGACAAAGGAGGAAGUAGAGGAGCAAGCUCCGUGGAAUGUCUGCAGAUGUUAGGCUGCAGCGCAAAGACUGACGAGUCGCAUAAUCGUUGCGCGUACGCGCGACAGUUAGAGUUAAGCAAGAGUAUGAGUAGCGGCGACAAGAGUGCCAUAGCUAGGAGGAUUUCUCGACCCCAUUGUAAUAAUAAUGACAAUAACAGGGCCGUAACACCCGUAGCUGUAAGUGAUGACCAAUCCCGCGACACUGUAACGAUAACCCCUGGUAGAGUUACGAGCUUCAUUAAGUACUACGAGAUUCAACGCGAGACGACGACCGACAAUGAUUCUAAAACUAACGAUAGAGUAGAUAAGGACCCGAUGUCGGAGCACCAAUCGGUGAUCAGCAUCUGUAGGGGACUGGAAGCGAGGACCAUCGAGGCUAAGUUCUUCGAAGCACAGAAAAAGGAUAAUUCUAAGUCGUUCGACACGAUGAAAAAGGAUGAUUAUCGUGGGCUAGUAGCGGAUCAAGAUUUGGAAAGAUCGAUCGGUUCAGCGAGGAAAGAAAGAAAGUGUGCUGCAAUCGUAGAAAAGAUUGGAACAGAGAACUCGAGUCGAAUAGAUGUUCCUAUUGCGAACAUAGAAGAUGAUUAUGUGGAGAUGAAGAAGCAGAUACACGUGUCACCGAAGUUCAUCGGUGAUUCAUGUGCGCAUCCUGGAACAGCUACGAGAAAGAAGUCUCUGAAAUUUCAUGAUUGUUUCACCGUGAUCGGUGCGAAAGAUCCUGACGAGAAUGGUACUGCGGGGAGUCCUGCGGGCCAGAAUACGAAGUUGUUGGAUAAGAAGAAGAAUUUCUACAGACUGACGCUGGAGGGUAGUAUUCUUCCCGAGAAAGUAGAUUUUGACGUUGAACAACUUGAAGAAUUGCUGGACGCUGACUCGCGUUCUUUGGAGAAACGAGAAACUGCUGCUCAGAUACAAGCCGCAGCGAAAUGUGAGGAAUGUUCAGGUAUUAAUCGCUUCGUUCCAAAACCAGAAACCCCACGCCUCGUAUUUUAUUGUACUGUAUAGUUAAAACCGUAGUUUCUAAAUGUCGUCGUCGUCGUUUUCCCGAAUCUCGGCGAGAUUUCACCGUGACGCUUAGCGUCGUAGCUAAAUUCGAUCUUUUCCACACUGUUUCUUACGUGUUUUAACUGAAGAACAGAUUUCGCGCUGUUUCGCGAGAACCUGCGUAGAAUUCCAUUCUGAAUGUUGAUGUGGUGAUGGUGAUGUUAUGAUUUAUUGAAGUUAUGAAAUAAUUUGAAACGAACUAUCGUGAAAUUAUAGGGCGUUGAAAAAUAUGGAAAAAUAGGAAAUAUAUUAGGCUACUAAAAUAUUUCUUAGCACAAAUCGCACAGUACUUCUUAAGGACAAAAAUAUUAACGUUGAAAAAAUUCACUUUAUUAUUUAUCAAACAAUUAUUUAUAUAGGAAAUUAAGUAAUUACAAAAUUAUAAAUUACAAAUGACAAACCUGUUACAGUAUACUCUGGACGAAAUAGUCUGCAGUAAUUGGAAAAGUGUCAACACGAUAUUCAUUGCAAUAUUCACUCCAUUAUUUAGAAAGAAAAAAAACUAAUUUGUACUUACCUAGUAUUCUCGAAGGUACUUCGUUAAAGAAAGAUCGAGAAAGAUUGAACUGAGAAGGGAAAGCAAUUACCGGAAUGAAAUAGGAAGCGAGAGAAGCGUCGCCGUGUACAAGAAGUCUGUUCUUCCGUUUAGCUCCUUUAGCGCGGUUAGAUUCCGUUCUCCAAUUGACUUUUAGUCGUGUGUGUUUAACGAAAGGGCAAACAGCUCUUAGCUCUGUUAUUGUCGCGAACCUUCCUUGCGCGUCCUUGCAUUAGGAGAACGUUGUUUUUUGGCGACAUAGCGUGUCGCAGGAACCGCGCGUGUAUAACCCCAUUAUCCUGCAUAUAUUGUGUAAUUAUAACGUAAAGGUGGAAGUAAUUUACGUGGUAGAGUAGUGGCGAAAUAAUAUACUUGUUGCGCUGUUUGUGUUACGUAUACGUAUUCAGCUGAUCAAUUUAACACAUGUUUAGUAUCCAGUGUCGUAAAAAGUACUUUCAUUUCGGUUCUUACGAAUGAAUGUUAUUUCUCAAUGGACGAAUAUUCUGUGUUUCGUGGACGAGAUAUUAAAAUUAAAAAGAAGAAAAAGAAAAAUGAGAAGGAGAAAGGAAGGAGGUUAUAAUACUUUACGUCUACAUCAGAAUAUACAUGGUUUACGAAAGAAUAGUUGUAAUUAAGAUGAAAGGUAGAUGUAUGAACUUUGCAGAUAAUACUUGAUAACUGUGUUUUUUUUUAAUUAAUUUUUUGUUAGAUAGGAUCUUACGACAAAUGUUGUCUUAAGUAUGUGUAUACCAUAAUAUGUACAUAUUAUACAAAGGUCGGAUAAGCUUUUAAUAUGUUGCAAGUUGCUCGAAAGUCAUUGAAAGCUUAUAUUAUGUGUGAAAUAUAAUUUAAAUUGUAUAUUGGAUAGACGUUAUUUUAGAAUUAUGUUGUAAUAGUUUUUUGUUGCUUGAAACUUAAUAAUGAGUCAAGAAGAGCCUGAUCUACUAAAGUAGAUAUUUUUCUUCAUAAAUUAUUUUACAUAAAGAAGCACCAAAAGACAGUUUUACGAUUUUUUAAGAUACUAUCAGUACUGUACGAUAUUAUUAUCAAUUUGAAAUAUUAUUAACAUGAUACGAUAGCUUUUCCAUCGUUUAAUUAUCCAGAUGUUACUGUAUCACUGUUGCUAUUAAUACUGCAUUAAUCUACAAUCAGAGUAACAUGUUCAUAAUCAAAACGUGAAUGAAAUAAAUUUUUACUUGAAUAAUGUUCUUGACCCAUAGAAAAUCAAUGCUGAAUGCUACCAAUAAUUCUUUAUCGAAUCGUCAUAAAUAAUAUCAAAUCGCAUAAUUUAUUGUCGCUGUCUCCUCGUUUCUUCAUAUUCAUAUGCUUUCGGAUAUGUUCUAUUCACUUUUUUACUCAUAAAAAUAGAACAUAAAAUAUAGAACAUAUAUAGAGGAAUAGAAUUAAAUACAGAGAAAUCAGAUUAUCAAGUAACACCAAAGUUUAUCUCGAAGGUUACUUCAUCAAGCAUCAUUUGAAAAUUUCUUCUCCAAACUUCUUCUAACAACACAAACGAAACAAAUCAAAUUGGUUUAGAUUUAUUUAGAAGGCCUGGUUUCUAGCAACCUGUGUAAAGUUUUCGGUUGAUUUCAAAUAUGUCGAACGUGGCGUGAUAGCAGAAAGUUUCUGACACGCGUGGCAGAUCGAGUUAAAGGACGGUUCGAGUUCCGUCAAGUUCUUUUUGGCACGUUUGCCAGAAUCAGACGCGUUUCAGCUGAGAUCGGAUACACGAUUCAAUCACGUGGAUCUCGCUCCAGAAAUAUUUCAUGAUUUUCCACUUGUACAUUUCUGCGAUUAAUAUUUUUCCUGUAACAUACGGCAUGUAGAAUUGAUCAAAUACACGAGAUGUUCAAACGUUUCUAAUCCAAACUGAAUACAAUUUGAUUUUAGAAAGUUGCCAAGUACUUGAUCGUUGGAAUAUAUUUUGAGUGAGAUCGACUCGUUCAAACCGAUCAAAAUUUGUUCAAACUCACUCAAACCAUCAAAAUAUGUUGUUCGAUGUUUGAAUUGCUUAUCUUUUUCGAGUAAUUUGGAAAUCUCAAAUGACAAAAAUCUGAUCGAGGAAAUCAUACGAUCGGAUAAUAGAAUGGAACGAUGAUGGAGAAUACAAACGUAUACAGAUCGAAAUGACAGUACUUUUUAAAGGUUCGACACGCAGAAGGUGAUAUGCAUAGCGGACUGUUUUUUAAGCGUGCAAUUCGUUGGCCAAAUGAGACUUAACGCGGUGUGAUUAUGCAAUCGUUUUAUUUUUUCCUCUGUUGACUUAUUGUAAGUAUGAUAAUUUAUCGUUUGUGCGAGCGCAUUACUUUAUACGACGUAGGAGAAGAUUAACGAUAACGAGAAGAAUAACGUGUCGUCGAUAUAAUAGGAAUACGUAAAUGGAAUGCUUCAUAAGACUUAGUAUUAUUAUAUACGCAUGGUUCGAUCCGUUUGUGUUCCUGCACGAUGUAGAUUUUGGAUAAAUGUCGAAGAAAUCGAUUCUCUUGCCGAGUUUCCUUCGUUCUGUGUAUUUCGUUCGACCGACUUUCAAUUUUACUCGUUGCACAUUUAAAUUCCUUUCGAUGUGUGGAACGUAUCCAUGAUCAGUCGAAGUUAAUAAAAAAUUUGUCAUUUUCGAGUGGUAAAAAUUUUGAGAUGUUAUUAUAAUUGUAGAAAAUGAUUUACGAUAGUAAGAUGUAGAUAAAAAUCGAUGUUAAAAGUUACAUUGUUUUUAUGUAAAAUAGUACAUGAUUUCAUUAUUGUAUAAGUAUCUAUUAUUUUAUCAGACGUUAUAGGAAAACGUAAUGAAUAGAAUAAGCAUGAAAAUAUUGAUGCCAAUCUAUGAAUUUAUUACUUUUCUUUAGAAUACCUUCUCUCACAAUCAGAAAGUUACUUAUGUUAUAUUUUAUUCUGGAAUGUAUUAUAAUAAUAUCAAUAUCAACAGUUGUACACCUGAGGUGUAUCUAGUAUGCACAUGAAAUUUAUAUUUAAAAUUAAAAUUCAGAUGUAGAUUGUAUAGAUUGAACAUUAAAUCGUUUCAAUUUUUAAUUAGAAACAGUGUAACGAUAAAUCAUCUUUUAUCGCAAAGUAUCAAUUUAUAUCAAUGUAUAUCAAUUUAUAUCAGUUUAAAUAUUAUUUCGAUACAUAAUUAUCAGAACUUCGGCAGAAAUUAGUGAAUAUUACGAAAGCAGGUUAAUACAAAUUUUACUACGCUAUUAAACUGCACAUCGAUUUCUUUUACUUUCAAUCGACAUCUACAUUUAACACGAAGAUAAGUGGAUAAGUGACCGUGCAUAUAUUUCUAGACACAUAUGUAUAUGUAUAUGUAUAUGUACUUGUACAAGAUGAAUGUGAGUAUUAUUACGCGAUAACGAUUCUGUAAAACGCAAUGCGAUUUACCCAAUUACCCCGUUGGUUAUACGAUCUUUUAUAAACUUUAAUUUACAUAGAUAGGUAGCGCGGAGCACAGAAAGUGCGAAUCGUACGAGUUUUGUCGCAUUUAAGAGGACGUUACACGUAGUGAUGCACUUGAAAACGCAGCUCGAAGAAGCAAUAAGCCACGAUACAUUUAUAUCUUUUAACGAUUUCUUUUAACGCGACCUAGCUUUCUAAAGAUUUCUCAUUAAGUAAAGAUCAAUUGGAAAUUGUACAAUUUAUAUAGUUGGAAAGCUUACAUCGAUCAACUUUUAAUUGUCUUCGUUUCAUUACUUUAUUUUUAUUAUGAAACAUUAUACGUAAUUCGUUUACCGAUAUCGGUAUAUUAUUGAAUAAGAUUUAUAAUAUUUGAUUAAUUUUAUUAUUUUGUAAUUUUUAGAGAUAAAUUUUAUUUUUGGUUUAUCUUUGCACGCAUAAUGAUUUUUUUUUUUUUUUUGUAUAAUUGAUUAUAAUACGUUGCAUGAUAGUACCGUUUCUUACUGCGAAUACUUUGUUGCGUUUAUCGAGUCAGGAGUUUUAGAUUUGUAUACAGGCUUGCGUGCACGUUGCAAGCGACAGCGUUCGAUGAAAAUGUUCAGUCAAAUGAAAUGGUCAUUAUUGUAUGAUCGUUAAAUGAACAAAAUGUACAUAUCUGCAAAAAACUACAGAAUAAAUUGGAAAUGACAAAUUGGAAACGUCAAUCAUACACAAAUAAAGUUCUAAAAAUAUUUGCGAGUAUUUUUAGAAAGUUAUUGCAUACAAAUUAUUCUAUUGUAAUGAACGAUAUUUCCAUAAAAUUCUUUGUAGCAUUAAGGUAUCAGUUUGUUUUUCCAAACACGUUUGUUAUCGCUAAGGAAGAUAUAAUAAACUAUAUUUUGCGUUCUUUAUGGAAAAUGAAAAUCAGAAAAUCGACAAAACUGAAUCUAUCGUGCUUUCCUUUUCUGAUCUUCGUGUGUAAAUCACAAAGCUGUCGAAUAAGUAUCAUUCGAAUAUUUAGGGAUAAAAAAUUAUAAUAACCGUAACCACGAUAUUUGAAUGGAUAUAAUCUGGCGCAGUUAAAACAUCGAUAGUCAGACAUUGCAAUAACACGAUAUUUAAAUCGAUGGAAUUUUGUAUCGAAAAUUGUUAUUAACUACGAUAAAAAAUAAUCAAUUGCAGCAAAAUCAAUAUUCUAUCACAAGAGAAAAUACGGGCGACCUUUGCGUACACACUAAAACUUUCGAUCGAGUUACAUUAGUCUCAAAUAUUUGCUCGGGGAAUAUUGUAAUGAAUGCAAAGAAACGUAAGUUCCAUUCAUUUGACUCAACACGAGGCGCGAAUCUAAAGCAGAAUCGUGCGAGUUUGUUCUCUCCGGUUGAAACAAUAUGGUUCGGAUUUAAGGAUAAAAGAAGAAGACGAGAAAAAAGAAAAAAAUAGACAGGAGGUGAAUUGUACAUUGAGGAGAAAAUAGUACGAAAGCACGCGCGUAGAAUCCAUUGCAUACUCGUGUGUGUGAAACACGAAAACGCUUGAGACCGAGCUAGUUUCGUUUUUUAGGGGACAGAAUCGCGGAUCAAAGUUUAGAAGAAUUUACCGAUUAACCGCCUGAAAUACGUUUUUUCUAGACGAAUACGAACAACUUAUUACUGUUUUAUAACGUGUAGAGGAUGACAAAAGUGAUAGCGUAGUGGAUGAAACACGUGCGUGUACCAACGAUGCCUCAUUGUACGCAGAUAGUCAUUCGCUGUUAAAGUAUAGUCGACACUUUAUGUUCAUUUCGAGAGAAAUGUUUUCCUGCUGUACACUGUACGUUUAUAUUUCCGCUGAACGCUGAAUAAAUUAUUAUUUUCUAUGCUACAACAAA